AUGGGAAACAGAGUGGGGACCUCCGGGAAGCUGGCUCCGCGUGGGCAAGGGCGCGGUGUCCCCGGGAGAGAGUUUCCCCAAGGAAAUGCCCAGGAUGCGGCGCCGGCUGGUCCCUCAAAUUGGCACAAGCUGUAUCCCAUUGCCCAGGGAGACCGUCAAUCACCCAUCAAUAUCAUAUCCAGCCAGGCUGUGUACUCACCCAGCCUGCAGCCACUGGAGCUUUCCUAUGAGGCCUGCACAUCCCUCAGCAUCACCAACAAUGGCCACUCUGUCCAAGUAGACUUCAAUGACAGUGAUGACCGAACUGUGGUGACUGGGGGUCCCCUGGAAGGGCCCUACCGCCUCAAGCAGUUCCACUUCCACUGGGGCAAGAAGCGUGAUGUGGGCUCGGAGCACACGGUGGACGGCAAGUCAUUCCCCAGCGAGCUACAUUUGGUUCACUGGAAUGCCAAGAAGUACAGCACCUUUGGGGAGGCCGCCUCAGCACCCGAUGGUCUGGCUGUGGUCGGUGUCUUCCUGGAGACGGGGGAUGAGCACCCCAGCAUGAACCGCCUGACAGAUGCGCUCUACAUGGUUCGGUUUAAGGGAACCAAGGCCCAGUUCAGCUGCUUCAACCCCAAGUGCCUCCUGCCUGCCAGCAGGCACUACUGGACCUAUCCAGGCUCCCUGACCACGCCCCCCCUCAGUGAGAGUGUCACCUGGAUUGUGCUCCGUGAGCCCAUCAGUAUCUCUGAGAGGCAGAUGGAGAAGUUCCGGAGCCUGCUUUUCACCUCAGAGGACGAUGAGAGGAUCCACAUGGUGAACAACUUCCGGCCACCACAGCCACUGAAGGGCCGUGUGGUCAAAGCCUCCUUCCGGGCCUAAACUGCCCACCUGCCCUGCUGGCCACUAGGGCACCAUCUUCCCAAGGGCUUCCAUGUCAGCAGACACCAAAACAUCUAAGGCUUCCUGCCUGGGGGUGCUGUGGACCCCGCCUUCAGCUGGCUUGCUUCUUGGCCACCCUUGCGGGUUCUUGAUGGAACUCAUAAGUCAGGGCUAUCCUUUAGUUGACCUGGAGAGCAAAAGAACAGGAGCUGAACAGGGUCCAAGCCUGGGGCUGCCUCUGUUCUCCAAGACCCGAGGCCCCUGGGAACCUCCUCUUGUCUUCCCAACUGGCAGAGGCAACAGCCCCACCCUGAGCUCACACUGUGAUGGACGAGACUGAGCUCCCCAGGGCAGGCAGCUGGCACUGCCAGGAAGACUCAAGCAAUAAUUAGAGGUGGGCAGAGCUGCCCUCUCGGCAUUACCUCUUCUGCAGGCCUCCGCCAUGCACGCACCUCACUGCCAGGCCAUUAAAAAUCAGCACCCAGCCUGCUGGAGGUGACAUGGCCUUCUUCUUCCAGUCACCUGCUGCCAUGGGCAGACCCUGGCUAUAGCUUAUAUAUUAUCUCCCUUUGUUCCUACCCAGCCACCAAAGCGACCUACAUGACA